GCUUCAAGCCAUGGUAACUGGGGGUCCUGGGGACCUUGGGGACAGUGCUCUCGUACCUGUGGUGGUGGAGUUCAGUUUGCUUAUCGUCACUGCAAUAACCCAGCUCCUAGAAACAACGGCCGGUACUGCACCGGCAAGAGGGCCAUCUACCGCUCCUGCAACGUCACACCCUGCCCAGCAAAUGCUAAAUCUUUUCGACAAGAGCAGUGUGAAGCAAGAAAUGGCUAUCAGUCUGAUGCAAAGGGUGUCAAGACAUUUGUUGAAUGGGUACCCAAGUAUGCUGGAGUACUUCCCGGAGACGUUUGCAAGCUCACCUGCCGAGCCAAAGGAACAGGCUAUUACGUGGUAUUUUCUCAGAAGGUAACUGAUGGUACUGAAUGUCGACCGUACAGUAAUUCUGUCUGCGUCCGGGGAAAAUGCAUACGAACUGGUUGUGAUGGGAUCAUUGGUUCAAAGCUCCAGUAUGACAAAUGCGGGGUGUGUGGAGGAGACAAUUCCAGCUGCACAAAAGUCAUGGGAACCUUUACCAAAAAGAGCAAGGGCUACACCGACGUAGUGAAAAUCCCAGAAGGGGCGACUCACAUCAAAGUUCGGCAGUUCAAGACUAAGGACCAGAGCAGGUUCACUGCCUACCUAGCCCUGAAAAAGAAAAAUGGUGAGUACCUUGUCAAUGGAAAAUAUAUGAUCUCCACUUCAGAAACAAUCAUUGACAUCAAUGGGACUGUCAUGAACUACAGCGGCUGGAGUCACAAAGAUGAUUUCUUGCACGCAAUGGGACACUCUGCCACAAAAGAGGUUCUUAUUGUACAGAUACUUGCGACUGAUCCAACUCAACCAGUGGACGUCCGCUAUAGUUUCUUCGUGCCAAAGAAGCAAGGGCAAAUGAAUAACUCUGUCACCAGCAGUGGCAGCGGCAGCAGCAAAGUAACUCCACAGCUCAUGCAACCCCGCUGGGUUACGGGGCCGUGGCUUUCUUGUUCUCGAACAUGCGACACAGGGUGGCACACCAGGACUGUCCAGUGCAAAGACGGGCAUGGAAAAUUAGCUAAGGGAUGUCUUCUCUCUCAGAGACCGUCAGCAUUUAAACAGUGCUUGUUGAAAAAGUGUUAA